GCAUGGCAACAAUUCAGAAGCCUUGUGUGCUUCUGUUUCAUCUCCUGUUUCUCUCUUUACUUCCACUGAAGAUCACAUCAUCUCCAAGAACAGAAGCAGAAGCUCUUAUAAAAUGGAAGAACAGCCUAUCAUCUUCUUCUCUCAAUUCAUGGUCUCUCAGCAACCUCAGCAACCUUUGUAAUUGGACCGGGAUUGUCUGCAACACUGCUGGAACUGUUUCUGAGAUAAACCUCUCCGAUGCAAACCUCAACGGAACACUUACCGAAUUCAACUUCACUUCAUUCCCAAAUCUCACCAUCUUCAACCUCACAAGCAACAGUCUCAGUGGCUCUAUACCAUCAGCCAUAGCCAAUUCCUCCAAGCUCACUUCCUUGGACCUGAGCAACAACCUCUUGGAAGACAUAAUACCGCCCGAGAUUGGACAGUUAAAAGAGCUUCAGUAUCUUAGCUUCUACAACAACAAUCUCAAUGGCACCGUUCCAUAUCAAGUUAGCAAUCUUCAAAAGGUAUGGUUCUUAGACCUCGGAUCAAACUACUUAGAAACUCCAGAAUGGUCAAGAUUUUCGAGCAUGCCUUUGUUGAAACACCUCAGUUUUUACCUCAAUGAACUUACCUUAGAAUUCCCAGAAUUCAUACUCAAUUGUCAGAACCUGACUUACCUUAAUUUGUCAAUAAACAGUUUCACUGGCAUAAUACCCGAAUCGGUAUUCAUCAAUCUCGGCAAGCUUGAAUAUCUUGAUCUUACUGAUAAUUCAUUUCAAGGGCGCUUAUCAUCAAAUUUUUCCAAGCUGUCCAAACUGAAAAAUCUUUGCCUGGGAACAAAUAACUUCUCUGGCUCAAUUCCUGAUGAUAUUGGAUUGAUAACCAAUCUUGAAAUCCUUCAAUUGAACAACAAUUCAUUUCAAGGGAAGAUUCCUUCGUCUUUAGGCCAACUUAGAAAUCUGCAGCAACUAGAUCUCAGAAUGAAUAGCUUGAACUCCACAAUUCCUUCUGAGCUUGGAUUAUGUACUAACCUCACCUACUUGGCUCUGGCCUUGAAUUCACUCACCGGGGCCUUGCCUUUGUCCCUGUCCAAUUUGAUCAAGCUAUCUGAUUUGGGUCUAUCCGGAAAUUCAUUUUCUGGGGAGAUCUCUCCUUAUUUCAUCACCAAUUGGACUGAGUUGACUUCAUUGCAACUUCAAAAAAAUCUAUUCAUUGGAAAAAUACCAGCAGAUAUCAGGUUACUGCCAAAUCUCAAUUACCUAUUUCUGUACAAUAAUCAGUUCUCGGGCCCGAUUCCACCAGAGAUUGGAAACUUGCAAAAUUUGGUGAAUUUAGAUCUUUCAGAGAACCAACUUUCAGGAACAAUUCCACGAACCCUUGGCAAUCUCACAAACCUUAACCUUUUACAGCUUUUUUCAAACAAUCUUACUGGAGCAAUUCCACCUGAGAUUGGAAAUUUGACGUCGCUGGUUACUCUUGAUCUCAACACCAACCAGUUGGUUGGAGAAUUGCCAGAAACCAUUUCCAACCUCACUAAUUUACAGACUCUCUCUGUGUUUUCCAAUAAUUUUGUGGGGAACAUUCCAAGGGACUUGGGGAGGAACAACCUGUUUUUGGCAAAUGUUAGCUUUUCCUAUAACAGCUUCUCUGGAAAACUGCCUCCUGAAUUAUGUGCAGGUUUUGCUUUCGAGCAAUUUACUGUGAAUGACAAUAAUUUUACUGGGGUGGUGCCAAAUUGCUUGAAGAACUGUUCCGGCCUAACAAGGGUCCGGCUUGAUGGGAACCAAUUCUCUGGAAACAUUUCAGAGGCAUUUGGCGUUCAUCCAAAUCUUGAAUUCAUUAGUCUGAGUGUCAAUCAAUUUUCGGGGGAACUCUCAUCUGAGUGGGCAGAAUGUGAAAGCCUCACAAAUUUAGAACUUGAUGGAAAUCAAAUUUCAGGUGAAAUCCCAGCUGAGCUAGGCAACUUGACAAAGUUGCGCGUCCUAAGUUUGGACUCAAACAAAUUGACUGGUGAAAUUCCAACAGAAUUGGGAAAGCUAGGCCAGUUGUUCCAUCUCAACUUGAGCAACAAUCAUUUGGCAGGAGUGGUCCCUCCAAGCAUUGGCAACUUACCAGGGCUCCAAUAUCUUGAUUUGUCAGCAAACAAGCUGAAUGGAACCAUACCAAAAGAGAUUGGCAAUUGUGAGAGCUUAUUGGGCUUGACCUUGAGCAACAACACUUUGUCAGGGGAUAUACCAUCUGAGCUUGGCAACUUAAUGGGAUUGCAGUAUAUUUUGGACCUCAGCAACAAUUCACUAUCAGGAACAAUUCCCUCAAGCUUGGGGAGGCUUACCACAUUGGAGAAUCUGAACCUAUCACAUAACAAUCUCUCAGGUAGAAUUCCUCCAGCAUUAUCCAGCAUGAUUAGUUUGCAGCUCAUUGAUUUUUCCUACAAUGAGUUGUCUGGUCCAAUCCCUAGUGGUAACAUAUUCCAACAAGCACCGGCAAAAUCUUUUAUUGAAAACUCAGGCUUGUGUGGAGAUGCAGAAGGGUUAUCCCCUUGUACUUCAACUUCAACUUCAACAACUGGGAAGUCACACAAACACAGUAGAAAGAUUCUUAUUGGUGUCACUGUUCCAGCUGUUAGCCUCAUAUUUUUGGCAGCAAUUGUCUCUGGAUGUCUCAUCUUUAGAAGGAGAACCAAGCGAUAUAAUGAAGAGACUAAAAGUACCAAGAAAUCCGAGCAUUAUGAGUCUCUGAUCUGGGAAAGAGAAGGAAAAUUCACAUUUGGGGAUAUUAUGAGAGCCACUGAUAACUUCGACGAGAAGUACUGCAUUGGAAGAGGAGGAUUUGGAAGUGUCUACAAAGUGGUACUGGAAACAGGCCAGACAGUGGCAGUUAAAAAGCUUCACAUUUCAGACUCUAGUGACAUUCCGUUGACAAAUCGCCAAAGUUUUGAGAAUGAGAUUCGAACUUUGACAGAAACAAGGCAUAGGAACAUCAUCAAACUCUAUGGUUUCUGUUCCAAGAUGGAGUGCUUUUACUUGGUCUAUGAUUAUGUGGAGAGAGGAAGUUUAGGAAAAGUGUUGUAUGGUGAGGAAGGGGCAGUGGAAAUGGGCUGGGCGAUUAGGGUUAAAAUUGUUCAAGGAGUAGCUCAUGCACUUGCUUACUUGCACCAUGACUGCUCUCCAACUAUCGUGCACCGGGAUGUAUCACUGAAUAACAUUUUGCUCGGGUUGGAGUUUGAGCCUCGCCUUUCUGAUUUUGGCACCGCAAGGCUUCUAAGCUCAGAUUCCUCAAAUUGGACCACAGUCGCUGGCUCUUAUGGCUACAUGGCACCAGAGCUUGCACUUACAAUGCGGGUCACUGAGAAAUGUGAUGUCUAUAGCUUUGGAGUGGUGGCAUUGGAAGUUAUGAUGGGAAAACACCCUGGGGAGCUCCUAUCUUCUCUAACAUCAGUGGCGAAAACACCAACAUUGUCUAGUAAUCCAGAUUUGUUUUUGAAGGAUGUGCUUGACCAACGGCUUCCACCUCCCACAGGCCAGUUAGCAGAAGAAGUGGUGUUUGUAGUUACGGUGGCCUUAGCAUGCACACGUUCCACACCAGAGACACGACCUGCUAUGCGUUCUGUUGCACAAGAACUAUCGGCUAGAACUCAGGCUUACCUGCCUGAACCACUGGGAACGAUAACAAUAAGCAAGCUAACAAGCUUCCAAAAAUAGUAUUUAUGACUAGUUGGAAAGUUUUGAAUUGCCUGAGGAAGGGACAGGACCGGACAAUUUCUGGCCAAAAAUGCUUAGAAGUUGAACCAUGGUUGGAGUCUUCAACCAGUUCAUUAUUUUUUCCACAGUCCCGGUAUUUCUUUUUCAAUAAUGCAAUUAUAAUCUUUAAGCUCCAAAUGUAGUUAGUUUUGUGUGUAUAUAAUCCUAGAGGCUGACCAUUCAGGGUGUGUUGUGGAGGCCCUUUUUUUGGGU